GCCGCUGCACGCAAGCGCAUCGCAACGUCUCCCGGGAGUCUGGCUCAUUCCCAUCUGAAGCCUCCAGACAGGGAAGCCGCCCCGCCGUCAAAAUGUCCAUCCACACCUACCGGCUCUACAGCCCCAUCUACGAGGAUUGCGACGAAAACAGGGUCUGCCGCUAUCCGCAAGACCUCUUUAAGGAAUCAGAAAUCAACAGCUUGAGGAACGCUUACUUCGAUAUUGGCGUGCUGGCAUUUGCUAUUGGAAUGAUAGUGACUUUCUGCAUCCUGCGAUCGGACAAGCUGUCCGGGCUGAGCCGCUACCAGAAUUUGCUGCCGCUCUUCACGGCGGUUACAUUCCGCCGGUCGACCUACACCGUGGCGAACACCUUAACCAUUGGCUACUUGUUUGAAUUUAUGAACCAAUUUAUUUCGCUGUGCAAAUUACUCGGUUUUAUUGAUACAUUUCUUUCCGUCUUCGAGAUUGAGUCUCUGACCCACCUCUGCAUUGAAAGAUUCAUCAACGCUUACUACACCCAGCAAGGAUGGCCCGUCCCCGACUGGCAUAAUACCCUAUUUUUCAGCAUCUCCUUUGGGCUGGCAUGCCUUUACUCAAUAUUGCCAAUAAUUGGCAUCGGCGUAGGCUAUGGAAAAGACUUUGAUUGCAAGCACUGCACAAUGGAUCUGAAACUUCCAGAAAACGGAAUACUCGCAAACAUGUUUAUUGCGCUUUUUGCUCUGAUGUACUUCAAACCGUUUCUUGUUAUGUUUGGCUCUAUAGUGUACACUAAGUAUUUGGAAGCGUACAAACUGAAAAAAUACGACGAAUACCAGGCUACAUUUACAGAUGCCGUCAUGGUAAUGGCGAUGGUUAGCUUCGGAUUCUGGGUGCCGCUCAUUUCCAUACGCUAUGGAGUGAUACACAAUCAGAUCAUGUUCGACUCGAUGGCUUUCUUCUUCACCCCGUAUCUUGUCAAGACGGCCCUGGUGAUGAACUACGUGGCUCCCGUGCUUGGAAUUGGCGUCUUCGCUCUGAAAGACUCGCCCCUUGCAGCCAAAGUGAUGAAUUUGUUCUGGGAUCGCCCUGAUGAAGAAGAUCUCCGCCGCCAGGGCCGCCUCAGGCGCAACUAAAUAAAUCCCCACCCCGCACUAACAUGAGAAAGGAGGUGGAUUUACCAUAUCUCUGAUCUCCUAAUAAUAUAGUACAGGGUAAUUCUACUUUUUGAUACUAUGUAGGUAGGUACUUUUAAAUUUAUCAUAUCAAUUAUUUUUAAAACCUUAUACGAAUUAACCCACAUUAAUAUUUUUUAUAUCCCUAUACUGUACAUUUUACCUUGUUAAUUUAUUUUAGAUAUUUCAAAGCUUCCUCAUUUUAUUGGUUCGAGUUUGGAACAAAAAAGUAGAAUACGUCCCUGUAUUUGUACUGUAACUGCUCACAGUAAUAGUUGUAAGUAAGUGUUGUAUUUUUGAACUCAAUCUCAAUGUGAUUAUUUAAUAAGUAACAGUAACUAAGCAAACAUAGGUAGGUAUGAGUAAACUAAGUUUUUUGGCAUAACUAAAACUGUUCUAAAACCGCACGUCAGGUCAAAAAUAGCUUUUUUGUUGAAUCAAAUCGAGGGCAUACGUCCAUUUCGUAAAGUUGAUUAUAUUUUUUCAAAAGGUUCUGAUUUUAAAUCAAAAUAAAAUACGGUUUGACAUGUUAUCAAUUCCGAUAUAUUUCAAUUAAUGUUAGGUAUAUGCAUAACAUCAAUGUACAAGUAGCGCAUUAGAUGCACAAGAUCAACAAUAAUAUAAUAUAGAGACAUAGAUUUGUACGAAGGAUAUCGACGAUUCGCAGUUUAGUCGUCACAAAUAUACACAAUUAUCUAAUUCAGUCGAAGUUAUAGAUUACAAAAAGAGAAUAAGAAGAAAUUAUUUGCCGACGCUACUAAACACGAUGCAAUAGCGCAAAUACACAAGUAAUGUACCUAUCGUUACUAGAAAGAAUCGAUGUUCUAAAUUAUUAGGCGACCCAGCCCCAGUCAGUCUCGUAUCUAGGUCACUGUACCAAUACCUGGCUCACUAAGUAUAAAAAUAGACGAUUACCGUCUGAUACCUCGGGCCUCUUCUGUCGAUGGAUCGAGACUGACCGUGCACUGGCCGUUACUGUAUACGAUCACAAGUAGCAGAUUAUGCAUCUGAUUGGUUCCGGGACCUUACCCAUUCUACCCACGAUUGGUCCACAAUAAGGCCGUCAUAGAAUAAGUCCAUACUUUUCUUAAGUAAGAUCUAACAUAUUACCACGAUUUCUUAGCCAUGUACAUGUAUCGUAGGUUAUUCUCUUUUAAUCUUAAUAUAAAAUGAUUUUUGAAAUCUAAUUGUGUAACUUAAAACCCUUCUGGAAGAUCCAUAACGAAAUAGUUUUAAGUAUAUUAAUGGAACUUGGUGUCAAUAUUUAAUCAAUUAAUGUCUCUCAAUUUUAUGAAUAAAUAAACUGAAAUAAACGCA